AUGGGAGACACAGAAAAAAAUUCACGUGGCUCCUACGACGACAUGAUCGAAUUAGCCUGCUUCCUUAUUUCUGUCGCCUGUUUCAUAGCUUUUAUGGGUUCUAUCUUUUAUGCAGUGAACCAAGAAACUCCUGAUUACCCUGUGCCGAAUAUAGAAAUAGCUUCUAUGGAUUUCACACUGCGUAAUAUUACAAAAACUCGUCUCAGUGCAAAUUGGGAUUUAUUGAUAAGGGUCCCUAGUAACCUUCCUGAUCUCUAUAUAUGUCUUCAAGGAGACAUUCAAGCUUCGCUGUUUUACAAGAAUAUUACUCUUGUUACCUCGUCCGCACAAAGGGUAUAUAAUAAUUUUUUAUUCAAUUUGUACAACGAUCUCAAAUACGGAUCAGCUCAACUACUUAAGGUUUCGGCUUCUAUCUCUGAAGAAGAUAUGGGCGGUUUGAUUGGAAAAAACAUUACCAAAGAUAUCAAAAAGAAGAGGGAAGUGAAGUUUGGGUCGCAGUUCUUUCUUACGGAUUGUAGAAAAGGGACGACAGAAGUUUUGAGCUAUGUGUGUGAUGAAAUUACGUUACGGUUCAAGCCAGGUUCUGAGACCAACGCCACUAAGUUUGGGAAGAACCCUAUCUGCUCUAAUUUUUAA